UACCACAAAACACCCCACCCCUUUCACAGCGCCUUCACCCUUUUCCCCUCUAAUUUUCUUAAUUAUUUCCUCCAAAUUCAGAUUCAUUUCUACCGAUUUUCACUUCAUCGCUCUAUCUCUUUGAUUUCUUUCUUUUCUCCCCCUUCUCGCCUCAGCUCGAUCGAUUCCCUCGUUUUGCCCUUCCCUUCCCAUUUCAUUUCUCUUUUUUUUUUUUCCAGAAAAAAAAAUAAAAAAGAAAUUUGUUAUAUUUGUUUAUGUGCCUGAUUUUGAAGAUUCUUUCCUGAGUGGAGGAGGAGGAUGGGAUUACAAUCUUCCGGUAAAUUCCUCGAAUUUGCUGGAGGAGUAAACCAUACCAUCCCUGUUUCUGACUUUCAAUUCAACUGAAUCUUUAAUCUGUUAUUCAUCAAUCAAUAUAAUUGAGGUAGGAUUGAGUUAUGGACGAGGUCUCUGCUGCUGCCGCUGCUAGGGAAGCUGAAUCCCCGCAACUCAGCGAGAGUUCAACAUCUUCCUCUUCCUCAUCAUCCAGGAUAAUCUCAUGGCGCCCUAGGCCGUUUGCCUUCCGACCUUAUUCCCCAACUCUCCCCACCAAUACCAAGCCCCAACAUCUUCGGGUGGUCGUCAAGAGACCGUUGGUUGCCCGCUUGACUAAGGAUAUUGUUGAGAUAUAUCAAUUAUGCAACCCUCAGUUUUGUUAUUCAGAAGAAUUGAAUCUAAAGAGGUUCUUGACGUCACCAUCUGUUGGACUUUUGAAUGAUGGUUGCGAUAAUGAAAACUCAGACCUGAUCCUGACCGUAAAUUAUUCCCUCGUUAACUCAAACUUAAAUCAAAGGUACGUUGUGAAGGAUGUUCUUGGCCAAGGCACCUUUGGGCAGGUUGCUAAAUGUUGGGUCGCAGAAAUGAACAGUUUUGUUGCUGUCAAGAUCAUAAAAAAUUUACCUGCUUUUUACCAGCAGGCACUUGUUGAAGUUUCUAUCCUAACAACAUUAAAUAAGAAGUUUGAUCCUGAGGAUAAGCACCACAUUGUCCGGAUUUAUGAUUAUUUUGUGUACCAGAAUCACCUGUGCAUCGUCUUUGAGCUGCUUGAUGUUAAUCUGUAUGAGCUUAUCAAGUUGAAUCAUUUUAGAGGGUUGUCGUUGAGCAUUGUGCAGCUAUUCUCGAAACAGAUAUUGCGGGGUUUGGCUCUCAUGAAAGAUGCUGGCAUAAUUCAUUGUGAUCUAAAGCCAGAGAAUAUUCUGCUAUCUACAAGCGUGAAGCCAGCAGAAAUCAAAAUCAUAGACUUUGGAUCAGCUUGUAGAGAAGAUCGUACUGUUUACUCUUAUAUACAGAGUCGGUACUAUAGAUCACCAGAAGUUCUUCUUGGAUACCAGUACACUACAGCUAUUGACAUGUGGUCAUUUGGGUGCAUCGUUGCCGAGUUAUUUCUUGGGCUACCAUUGUUUCCAGGUGUUUCAGAGUUUGAUCUUCUGCGGAGAAUGAUUAAAAUUCUUGGGGGUCAACCUCCUGAUUAUAUUCUCAGGAAGGCAAAAAACACUAGCAAGUUUUUUAAGUUCAUUGGGAGCAUCAACCAUGAUGACAGAGACCAGAGUCAAAGAAGCAAUUACAGCAUGUAUCAGGUCUUGACCGAAGAAGAAUAUGCAGCUAGGGAAUCGAAAAAACCUUCAAUAGGAAAGGAGUACUUCAACCAUAUGAACCUUGAAGCUAUUGUCACGAAGUACCCUUACAGGAAGAAUUUGCCAGAGGAAGAAAUUCUUAAAGAAAGUCAAAUACGAUUGGCACUUAUUGAUUUCUUGAAGGGGCUCGUCGAAUUUGAUCCGGAUAAAAGGUGGUCGCCUUUGCAGGCUUCCAAGCACCCUUUUGUUACUGGGGAACCUUUUACAUGCCCUUACAAACCUGCUCCAGAGACCUCGCACAUGCCUGUUACUCAAAAUGCUAAGGUGGACCAUCAUCCUGCUGGGGGUCAUUGGUUUGCCGCUGGUCUGUCCCCUAACAUAUCAGGAAGGAAUAGAGCUAUGAUGCCCAACAGCCAACAUUACCAAUUUGUGCCAUAUGUGCAUCCAGGUAGUUAUGGUAGUUUGGGAAGCCAUGGGAGCUACAAUGAUGGCCUGGGGCUUGGAAGCAGUUAUGGAAGUUUUGGUGACAACAACAAUUUCCAUGCAUUUUAUUCUCCGGCUGGUCCGUCUGGAAUGAAUCUCUACGCACAUAGUGGUAACUCACUUCUUGGGAAUAGUCCUGAUACUAGGCGCAUGAUGCAACUACCGCACGGGAGUGGAAUUGGUUUUAGCCCUGGAAAUUUCGCACCUAUGUCCCUUGGUUCUAGCCCUUCGCAGUUUACUCCUCCUAGCUCUUAUGGUCAGAUUUCAGCAGGUUCGCCCAGACAUUACGGUCCUCCUUCUCCUAGAGGUAGUUGUCAUGGAUCUCCUCUAGGAAAGAUGGCAUCUGGAAGCCAUUACAACAGAAGGAAGAACUGGUCCUAUCAUGGAAAUUUACAUUCCCAAGAGACUGCAUCAUCUUCUAACUGUCAAGGAAAUAUCACCGAUAUGAACACUUGUCAGCCUGAGGGGAACUCUCCUGUAUAUGUAGGCUCUCAAUCUCAUCGACAGCCCAACUUUAAUGCAUCAACAUGGAGACCUCAACAAGGAGGGAGGAGUGUAGCAUCUAGUUACUCCUCUUCACACAUGCAAACUGUUCAAGGGAGUGCAGCUGAAAAGCAUGAGGCUAGUAACUCACUGCCUGAUCCUGGAGACUGGGAUCCGAAUUAUAGUGAAGAACUUCUUUUACAAGAGGAUAGUUCAGAUGUGAAUAGCAUGACAAAUCAAUUUAUCAAGGGGAUGGACUUGGGCCAACCUUCAAUGUCCAUUGAACCAUUGAUUGGAGCUGGAAAUUCAAGUCACAUCUCCAUUGCUGCUCUUUCUAUGCAAAGGCAUGACGGGCCUAUUCAGUCUUUUUCUCUUGGCGAAGCAGGGAGUAAUCCUGCAAUCCAUGGUUAUGCCAAUCAAUCAUAUUUAACGCCUCAUUUGGCGCUAAAUUCUCCCAGCCGUUUGGGGCAACAGCCAGCUCAGCGACACAACAUAGGGAGAUCAGCUCAAUUUCAUGAAGGAGGACAUAGAGGGAACUACUCAGUCUCCAGCACACCUCCGGCUUUUCAAGGACGAAAAGAUUACAGAAGGAAUGCGUGAUGCAUAAUGUGAAAUGUUUUAAUGGGAGAAGUCCUCCAUCAUUAUUUAUACUAGUAUUGAAUUUCCUGGACUUGUGAUUUUUUUCUUUUCCCUUUCUAUUUUUUUUUUCUGAGUUUGUUGAGAAAAAAAUUACUAUCGACAUACAUGUGUCUCUGGUUUCAAAAGCUUAAAGAAAGAAGUUGAUUUGAGGGUUGAUAUUGCUUA